CCAUAUUCGCUCCCGCCGGCCAGCCCCGCGGCGCGCAGCCACCAUGAGCACCGCCGCCUUCCACAUCUCCAGCCUCCUGGAGAAGAUGACGUCCAGCGACAAGGACUUCAGGUUCAUGGCCACCAGUGACCUGAUGUUGGAGCUGCAGAAGGACUCCAUCCAGCUGGACGAGGACAGUGAGCGCAAGGUGGUGAAGAUGCUGCUCAGGCUGCUGGAGGACAAGAACGGUGAGGUGCAGAACCUGGCCGUCAAGUGCCUGGGUCCUCUGGUGGGCAAAGUGAAGGAGUACCAGGUGGAGACCAUCGUGGAUGCCCUCUGUGCCAACAUGCGGUCAGAUAAGGAGCAGCUCCGAGACAUUGCUGGCAUCGGCCUCAAGACUGUCCUGUCGGAGCUCCCCCCUGCAGCUACAGGCUCUGGCCUGGCUACCAACGUGUGCCGGAAGAUCACCGGCCAGCUCACCAGUGCCAUCGCCCAGCAAGAGGAUGUGGCUGUGCAGUUGGAAGCCCUGGACAUCCUCUCUGACAUGCUGAGCAGGCUGGGCGCCCCUCUGGGUGCCUUCCACGCCAGCCUCCUGCACUGUCUGCUGCCGCAGCUGAGCAGCCCACGCCUGGCCGUGCGCAAGCGGGCUGUUGGGGCACUGGGCCACCUGGCGGCCGCCUGCAACACCGACCUCUUCGUGGAGCUCGCGGACCACCUGCUGGAUCGGCUGCCCGGCCCGCGCGCACCCGCCAGCCCCGCCGCCAUCCGCACUCUGAUCCAAUGUCUGGGUAGCGUCGGCCGGCAGGCAGGCCACCGCCUCGGCGCCCACCUGGACCGCCUGGUGCCCCUGGUGGAGGAGUUCUGCAACCUGGAUGACGAUGAGCUCCGGGAGUCCUGCCUCCAGGCCUUUGAGGCCUUCCUGAGGAAGUGCCCCAAGGAGAUGGGUCCUCACGUGCCCAGCGUGACCAGCCUCUGCCUCCAGUACAUGAAGCAUGACCCGAACUAUAACUACGACAGUGACGGGGAUGAGGAGCAGAUGGAGACAGAAGAUAAUGAAUUCAGUGAGCAAGAGAGUGAGGACGAGUACAGUGAUGAUGAUGACAUGAGCUGGAAGGUGCGUCGGGCUGCGGCCAAGUGCAUGGCAGCCUUGAUUGGCUCUCGGCCCGACCUGCUGCCUGACUUCCACGGCACCCUGGCGCCUGCACUCAUCUGCCGCUUCAAGGAACGCGAGGAGAACGUCAAGGCUGAUGUCUUCGGGGCUUACAUUGUGCUGCUGCGGCAGACACGACCCCCGAAGGGGUGGCUGGAGUCCAUGGAGGAGCCCACCCAAACGGGCAGCAACCUCCAUGCGCUUCGCGGCCAGGUGCCUCUUGUGAUCAAGGCCCUGCAGCGGCAGCUUAAGGAUCGGAGCAUCAGGGCCCGCCAGGGCUGCUUCAGCCUCCUCACAGAGCUGGCGGGCGUCCUCCCUGGCAGCCUGGCAGAGCACAUGCCUGUGCUGGUAGCAGGCAUUGUCUUCUCUCUGGUGGACCGUUCCAGCUCUUCAACUAUCCGGAUGGACGCCCUCGCCUUCCUACAGGGGCUGCUGGGCACAGAGCCAGCCGAGGCCUUCCACUCACACCUGCCGACUCUCCUGCCACCUGUGACGGCCUGCGUGGCUGACCCUUUCUACAAGAUCGCGGCCGAGGCCCUGCUGGUGCUCCAGGAGCUGGUGCAGGCCCUGUGGCCCCUGGACAGGCCUCGGACGCUGGACCCCGAACCAUACGUUGGAGAGAUGUCUGCGGCCACCCUGGCACGGCUCCGUGCCACUGACCUGGACCAGGAGGUGAAGGAGCGCGCCAUUGCCUGCAUGGCCCACCUCGUGGCCCACCUGGGUGACCGGCUCGGUGACGAUCUAGGGCCGUCACUGUUGCUCCUCCUGGACCGCCUGCGGAAUGAGAUCACCCGGCUGCCUGCUGUCAAGGCGCUGACGCUGGUGGCCGUGUCCCCGUUGCGGCUUGACCUGCAGCCCGUCGUGGCUGAGGCACUGCCCAUUCUGGCCUCGUUCCUGCGGAAGAACCAGCGGGCGCUGCGGCUGGCCACGCUGGCCGCCCUGGACGCGCUGGCCCAGAGCCAGGGACUUAGCCUCCCGCCGGCUGCCGUGCAAGCUGUGCUGGCCGAGCUGCCUGCCCUGGUCAGUGAGAGCGACAUGCAUGUGGCCCAGCUGGCCGUGGACUUCCUUGCCACGGUGACCCAGGCCCAGCCGGCCUCUCUGGCCAAGGUCAGCGGCCCUGUGCUCUCGGAGCUGCUGCGGUUGCUGCGCUCGCCCCUGUUGCCCGCCGGUGUGCUGGCCGCUGCCGAAGGCUUCCUGCAGGCCCUUGUGGGGACCCGCCCCCCGUGCGUGGACUACGAGGAGCUCAUCCUCAUGCUCACGGCACCUGUCUAUGACCAAGCUGCGGAGGGGGGGCCAGGCUUGCACAAGCAGGUGUUUCACUCUCUGGCUCGCUGUGUGGCAGCCCUCGCGGCCGCCUGUCCCCAGGAGGCAGCAGGCACGGCAAACCGCCUGGUCUGCGAUGCCAGGUCACCCCACUCCAGCACAGGGGUCAAGGUCCUGGCGUUCCUGUCGCUGGCCGAGGUGGGCCAGGUGGCCGGGCCAGGCCCCCAGCGGGAGCUGAAGGCAGUGCUCCUGGAAGCCUUGGGGUCACCCAGUGAGGACGUGAGGGCAGCUGCGUCCUAUGCGCUGGGCCGCGUGGGCGCCGGGAACCUGCCCGACUUCCUGCCCUUCCUGCUGGGGCAGAUCGAGGCUGAGCCCCGGCGGCAGUACCUGCUGCUGCACUCGCUCAGGGAGGCCCUGGGGGCCGCCCAGCCUGACAGCCUGAAGCCCUAUGCUGAGGACAUCUGGGCCCUGCUCUUCCAACGCUGUGAGGGCGCCGAGGAGGGCACCCGGGGGGUGGUGGCUGAGUGCAUCGGCAAGCUGGUCCUUGUGAACCCUCCGUUCCUUCUGCCCCGAUUCCGGAAGCAGCUCGCUGCAGGUCGGCCACACACCCGGAGCACAGUUAUCACAGCGCUCAAGUUCCUCGUAUCUGACCAGCCCCAUCCUAUUGACCCCCUCCUGAAGAGCCUCAUCGGAGAGUUUAUGGAGAGCCUGCAGGACCCAGACCUGAACGUGCGCCGGGCCACGCUGGCUUUCUUCAACUCAGCUGUGCACAACAAGCCCUCUCUGGUCCGGGACCUGCUGGAUGACAUCCUGCCCCUCCUCUACCAGGAGACAAAGAUCCGCAGGGACCUCAUCCGAGAGGUGGAGAUGGGGCCCUUUAAGCACACGGUGGACGAUGGGCUGGAUGUGCGGAAGGCAGCCUUUGAGUGCAUGUACUCGCUGCUUGAGAGCUGCCUGGGCCAGCUGGACAUCUGUGAGUUCCUGAACCAUGUGGAGGAUGGCCUGAAGGACCACUACGAUAUCCGGAUGCUGACCUUCAUCAUGCUCGCCCGACUGGCUACCCUGUGUCCCGCACCUGUUCUGCAGAGAGUGGACCGGCUCAUUGAGCCACUCAGGGCCACCUGCACUGCCAAGGUCAAAGCCGGUUCCGUGAAGCAGGAAUUUGAGAAGCAAGACGAGCUGAAACGCUCUGCAAUGAGGGCCGUGGCCGCCCUGCUGACCAUCCCGGAAGUAGGGAAAAGCCCCAUCAUGGCUGACUUCUCUUCCCAAAUCCGAUCCAACCCUGAACUUGCUGCCCUCUUUGAAAGCAUCCAGAAGGAUUCUGCUUCAGCCCCCAGCACAGACUCGAUGGAGUUCAGCUAGUCCUCCCCCUGCCCCCAGGUGGGCCCUUACUCAAGAGAAGGGGGCCUACCCAAUCCCGAGGCCUCACCGGUCCCCCUGCCCUCCACAAGCCUCUACUUACCUCCUUUCAUCUCCCUGGGGGCCUUCCUGCUCCUGGUUGGGGCUUACAGUGCCUUCUCCAGGGACCCCCAACUCGAGGCCCCCAGCAAGAGCUGCAAGGCUGCCCUUUAACUCAGGAGAGUCAUUCAAAGAAAAAGGGCAGGGACAUUUUCCA